AGAUCUUAUACUAAUAAAUACAAUAAUACAGUUGUAAUUUAAUUUAAAUGUGUGGUUAAAAAAUACGACCUUUUCUUAUUACUGCACAUGCUAAUGAUCCAGUGCAUGAAGGGUCUUGUGCGUGUGCGCAAAUGGCCCCAGGUGCUGAAAAAGGUGCAAAUUCGCUAAAAAAACAUUCCGAACAGUCUUAAAAAAAUUCCGAAACUUUGCAUUAGCUCUGGGUGAGCAUAAUUUUGGAAGUUCAUCACGCUGUGUGAUUCCGGGACAAACCGGAUCCACGCCGGAAUGACCGAGAACCGCCUGCAACCGGUUCCCCUCCGCCGCCGUCCUCGCGGACACGGUUGACCGCGCUCUCGCUCCUCCGCCCCGCCGCAUUUCUCGCCGCCCUCCUCCCCACCUCCCUCCCCCGCCCCAAAACUCCGGCAUCCUCCGCUCCUCCUCCUCGGGACUCCCCCGACCGCGCUGCCCGACCCCAAUGGCGAAGGCGCUGCUGCUCGCGUGCCACCUCGCCCUCUCAUUCUCCCUGCUCGCGACCUCCCUGUCCCACCUCCUCGUCGCCGCCGUCUCCCACCUCUCCCCGUCCUCCCUCCACCACCGCCUCCUCCGCCUGCUCCGCCACCCGCUCCUCCGCCUCCUCCCGCCGCUCCUCGCGCUCCCGUUUGCCUUCCUCCCUCUGGCCUCCACGCCGCUCCUCCCGCUGCUGCUCCUCCCGCCGCUGCUCCCGCUCCUCCCGCUCCCGUUCCUCCCGCCCCACCUCCCGCUCCUUCGCCCGCUCCUCCUCUCCCUGCCCCUCCUCCUCCUCGCCCGCGCCGCAGGCCUCCUCGCCGCCUCGCUCCCGGCCUCCGACCUCCAGCAGCACGCGCUCGCCGUCGCGCGCCUCCUUCUCCUCGCCGCCGCCGCGGCAUCCCUCGCCUCGUCGCUCUCCGCCUCCGCGCCGAGGGGCACGGUGGCGGCGGCGGCCCACUUCGUCGCCGAGGCGGGGCUCGCCUGCGCGGGCGCCGUGGGCGGGCUCUGGGCGGCGCAGACCGGGCUCAGCCUCUACGUCGACGCGUGCGUGCCCGCGGGGUGCCACCGCCUCCUGGACGCCGGUGGCGCCACGGCGCCCGCCACGCGGUGCGAGGUGGAGGAGGCGAGGAUCAGGGCCGUCGCCGUCAUGGACCUCGCCCUGUCUGUGCACUGCGUCCUCGUGGCUGCCGUUGCGACCCUGGUGCUGCUCGGGGUGGCGAGGUGGUUCGGGGUUGACACCAGCGCCGGUACGGGGAGGAGGCAUAAUGGAUCCUCCUACGAUGCAUUGCCCACAGUGGCGUCCACUGGGGCGAUGACGGAGAUGGAGCAUUUGCAGGGUAAGGGCAUCGUCAGCAAGAGCGUGGCGCAGGAGUGAAAUAUGAUGUGUCGUAUUGGAUUAACUAGGUACAUUUCAACCGACUCAAGCAUCUGAUCUUGUCAAGAAGUGAACCCCUGAAAAGGAUGGGGAAUUUGGGACAUGGCAGCAGAAUUUGUUCCGAGGGAUGCUGAUGUUUUAGCUGCUAGGAGAGAGUACAAGUAGUAGCUGCUGUGGACCAAUUGCUUUGUUGAAUUGGCCAAUAGCCCAAUCAGUACCUGGAUAAUUGUUGUAGGUCACUCAAUUAUUGCAAUGCUUGUUGGUGUUCGUUUGGUAGUUCUGUCCACUUCAAUCAAGAGAAUUACUUUUGCAAUAUUUCUGGUUUAUUACUGGCUUGUUAGCUGUAGCUGUUCAUCUGUAGCACUUUUGAAGUGCCAGACAUAUGCCAAGUCUCUAUGCACACACAUGUGACUAGCCGUUGAGCUUUGGCGCUUUUA